UCCAGAAAGUGUUGAGAGUAAGUUACGAUGGAUUAGAUGACAAUGAGAAGGAGAUAUUUCUUGAUAUAGCAUGUUUUUGUAAAGGCUAUUUGAGGAAAAGUGUAGAAAAAAUGUUAGAUAGUUGUUAUUUCUUUUUGGAAGCGGGAAUCAAUGAUCUUAUUGAUAGGUCUCUCAUAUCAAUUUCACAAGAUAUGAGGUUUAAAAAAUUGAGAGAGGCAUCCUCAGGAGGACGGAUAGUAGAGAUGCAGUCAGUCGAAUGGACAGAGAUGCAUGAUUUGGUGCAGGAAAUGGGUAGGGCAAUUGCUCGAAAACAAGGCAGUAGGUUGUUCAAUGCAAAUGACGUCUAUCAAGCGUUGACAAAUAACCAGAAAGAUGGAGAUGUUCAAGCCAUAUACCUCGACUUGUUUGAGAUUGAAAGGCUACACUUGGAGCAUGUAAACUUCAGGCCAUCUCCAUCGCUUCAGGCUGGCCCAGGCAAAAGGCAGGAGCAAGCCCGAGUCCACCUCCAGCGCGACCAACCCAGCCCGGGCAAGCUGCGGGUCCCACGAGCCCGGGCUGGCCCAAGGGCAAAUUUCGACUGGGCUCGAGCCCGAGUUGGUGCUGACGUGGUGUUGAGGUCGUCGUGACGUCAGCGCCAACGGUUACAUGCCAUGUGUCG